GUAAAGAAGGCUACUUCAAAAACAUUCGCUCAUCAAGAAAGCUCGAUAAAAAGACUCAAGCACUGAAUGGAGUAUGUAUGCAAGGAGAAAAUUACACUAAUGAUAGCCAGGGUUUGGUCAUAGAUGAUCACUCAAUCAAAGGAGUUUCACAAUUCGUUGAAGAAUGCAAGGGUAGGGAUGAUAUACGAGAUCAAAUUCUGGAAUGGUUGAAGGGAGAUGAGGUUACAAGAAUUGCAGUUUCAGGAAUGGGCGGUGUGGGCAAGACAACAAUUAUGAAGCAAGUUCACAACCAACUCUUGAAAGAACCCAAAUUUAACAAAGUUAUUUGGGUAAAAGUGUCAAGAGACUUUGACAUUAUUGUCCAGCAAAAAAGGAAGUUUGAUAUUCUCAAGUUUCAGAAAAGGAUUGCAAGUAGCUUGGGAUUAGAACUGAAGCCCGAGGAUCAUGAGAAUGAAACCAAGCUUGCAGGAUUGAUUUCACAAAACUUGAGGCAAGGCAACUCUGUGCUAAUUCUAGAUGAUUUAAUACUCACAACGUGGUUACAAGAAGUUGCUCAUGCAAUGGAGUGUGACGUGAUCUCUGUGAAUCCUCCUCCACCUAAAGAAGCAUUAGCAUUAUUCUUGGAGAAAGUUGGAAGUGUAGUGUUGUCAGAUGGCAAAAUUAAAGUAGAUAUAAAGCCAUUUUUGGAGCAAAUUUUGCAGAAAUGUGGUGGAGUACCUCUUGCUAUAGUGACAGUGGCAAAAUCAAUGAGAGGGAAAUUACUUCCUCCACCACAAUGCCAAGUGUGUUUCUUAUACUGUGCAUUGUGUCCUGAAGAUGCUGAAAUCUACAAGAAGGAGUUAAUUGAGUAUUGGAUUGAGGAGGGGCUUAUAUAUAAAGAAGGGAAAACUAGGGAGGCAAUGUAUUGGAAAGGACAUGAUAUACUUGAUAAGUUGGUUGACAACUGCUUGUUAGAAUCGGCUGGAGUGGCCUUGGAAAAGCUACCAAAGGAGCAUGAAUGGAGUGAAGAUCUUUUGAAGGUUUCUUUAAUGUGGAAUCACAUAACAGAAAUUCCUUCAAGCAUGUCAUCCCCAAAGUGUCCUAUGCUCACAACCUUGCUAUUGUCCAAUAACAGUAUUUCAACCAUUCCAAAAGCUUUUUUUGAGCAUAUGCUUGGGCUCAAGAUUCUUGAUCUUUCCAAUAAUCGUGAGCUAAGUAGGCUGCCGACUUCUAUUUCCAAAUUGGAGAAGCAUACUACAUUAUUGCUGAAGGGUUGUAAUUCCUUAAGAGAGAAACUACAGAUUGUUAAGGUUUUUGGUUGUGAGCAAUUGGAGGAGAUAAUAGGGUUUGAAUCUGAAGAAGGAGAAAAAGUCACUCUACCCAAGUUAGAAAGGUUGAAAUUGAUCGAAUUGCCCCAAUUAAAGAGCAUCUAUAGUGGUUCUUUGAUUUGUGAUUCCAUCAAGAAGAUUGAAAUUGAGGGUUGCUAUAAUAUAGAGAGUGUUUUUUGGUCAGGGUUCAACCCACUUCCAAAUCUUGAAUAUCUAUACCUUUUCAAAUUAGAGAAUUUGAAGUCCGUGUUUAAUGAAGAAGAUCUUGGUUUAUCGCCACUUGUACCUCCCACAAGCUUUUUCUCUCUUAAAGAAAUUAGGGUUGAAUUAUAUCAUCAAUUAAAGAAGGUAUUCUCAUUUGGAUGGCUGCUCCGCUACUUCCAAUCUCUAGAGACUGUCAAGGUUCAAUGCUGUUCGCGAAUGGAGGAGCCGAUAUCGUCAUCAGCAGAUGUAGAAGAAAAAGUCACUCUAUCCAAGUUACAAGGGUUGAAAUUGACCCAAUUGUCCCAAUUGAAGACCACCUGUAGCGGGUUCAACCCACUUCCAAAUCUUGAAUAUCUAGGCCUUUGCGAUUUAUGGAAUUUGAAAUCUGUGUUUGAUGAAGAAGGUAUUGGUUUAUUGCCAUGUGUACCUCCCAUAAGGUUUUUCUCUCUUAAAGAAAUUAGGGUUGAUAGGUGUGAUCAAUUAAAGAAGGUCUUCUCAUCUAGAUGGCUGCUUCACUACUUCCAAUCUUUAGAGACUAUUAAGGUUCAAAUGGAGAAGCUAAUAUCGUCAUCGGCGCAUGAAGAAGAAAAAGUCACUAUACCCAAGUUACAAAGUUUGGAAUUGACUGAAUUGCCCCAAUUGAAGAGCAUUUGUAGCAGCUCCAGUGUGUUGAUUUGUGAUUCCAUCCAGAGUCUGAGGAUUUCCGACUGUGAGAAGCUGAAGAGGAUUCCUCUGAAUUUUCCCUUGCUUGAUAAUGCCCGAUCAUCUCAUCCUUCUUCCCUCAAAGAAAUUGUGGUAUGGCCAAAAGAAUGGUGGGAAUCAUUGGAAUGGGACCAUCCCAAUGCAAAAGACAUCCUUUUCCCCUUCUGUAAAUUUCAGCAAAAACGGUGGUAGGGCACACCGCAAAUCAAUUGGGAUUCGGCUCUGCAACCACAAGAAAGUUGGAGGAAAUCACAUAUGCACUAGUUGCUGUUCCUAUUGAGUUUUCAAUUUAAUAUAAUCUUUGUUUUUCUUUUGCUGUGUGUGUUGUGUGUUUAAAUAUGUCCAAUUCUAAGUGAAAACUGGAAAUGUUUGUUUCUUUAUUAUCUGUGUAAUUUUUUCUUUGAAAUUGUGUGCAAAAAAGACUUGAAAUUAAUUCAGAUCUAUCUA